GGGCUGUACUGAAGAAGGUUCUCUCUGGAACGGGAUUGAGUUGUAGAUUUUAGUGUGGCAGCUGGGUUCUGUUUUAAGAAAUACUGCAUUAACUUUUUUUGGAGGGGGUGGAGUUCUGGAUUUAUGGAGAGUUUGGCACGUGGUGUCUGACCGUAGUGUUUUGAAUGGUGUUUACUACAUUUUGCGUUCAUUAUGUAAAGGGAGACUCGAUAAAGAUACAGUAGUAUGGUCUGGAACGUUGUGAUGAUGACUGCUCAGACAGCAACAAAAGUCGUGCUUAAAAGCACCACCAAGAUGUCUUUGAAUGAGCGCUUUACUAACAUGCUGAAGAACAAACAGCCGAUUCCAGUGAAUAUUCGGGCAACAAUGCAUCAGCAGCAGCUGGCCAGCGCCAGAAACAGAAGACUGGCCCAGCAGAUGGAGAACAGACCGUCUGUCCAGGCAGCGUUGAAGUUGAAACAGCUGAUGACCCAAACCCAACUGAGACUGGGGGAUAGCACGAAGAGCCUUAAACAACGGUUAGGUAAGAGCAACAUUCAGGCUCGAUUAGGCCGACCAGUAGGGAACCUUCCUCGAGGGACACUUGGAGGAAGAGGUGGUAUGGGCCUUGGUAACAGAGGGGCUCCAAGGGGAGGAAUUCGUGGUGGUCGUGGAGGUCGAGGAACAGGGCGAGGAGGUCUUUCAAUGAGAGGUCAGACUUCAAACCGUGGUAGGGGUGGAGCACCUAGACUUGGUAUGAGGCGUGGAAUGAGAGGACGUGGUGGACCUGGCCGUGGAGGAAUGAACAGAGGAACAGCUCGUGGUGGAAGAGGUCGUGGUGGCAUGACUGGUAGAGGUAGGGGUGGUUUUAGUGGACGUGGACGGGGUCGAGGAAGAGGAAGGGGAUCCACACCCAACAUUAACCAAGAACAGUUGGACAACCAGUUGGAUGCUUACAUGUCAAAAACAAAAGGUCACCUUGAUGCAGAACUGGAUGCCUAUAUGGCCCAAACAGAUGGUGAAGGAAAUGACUGAAAAAAAAAUCAUUAAAAGACUGAAGUAAAUGAAAACCGAUUUGUAUAUGUCCGUACUUGGAAUUACUUUGGUGCAAAAGAAUGGAGGAUUAUUAGUGUCUGUACUAAAUUCCCUGGAAAUUCAGUUUUAAUAUUUGUUUUUACAUUUUGAUACAUACUUGUAAAUAUCUAGUUUUUUUUUUAACCGAAGCAGUUUGCUGCAAGUCAACUUGAUGAUUUUACUGCUUAAGCAGUUCAAACAGCAUUGUGUUAUACUAGGUAUUUUAUUAGUGUGUAUUUGUGUGUGAACUAUACUCCCCAAGUGAGUACAGACUGCCUGGUUUUAACAGGUUCUCAUGACUGAAACACUGUCAAGGUACAGCACGCUAAGCAGGUUUACACAAAAAUGAGAUGUUGAAAUGUAUUUUGAAACUUCUGCUGUAAAGGCUUUUGUGCCAUUCUGUUUUUGAGAUUGUGAGCUGAACCCUCCAACUCUACCCUUCAUUUCAUAAACACAGAUUGAUAAAAGACUAUGUUUAUAACUUUAGUUUGUUCUGCUCCACUGUUCUGACUGGUUUUCUGUUACAUGAAGUUUUAUUAAAUAUUCAUUUGGUA